AUGACCGUUACUGGAACCUUCUCGCCACCACGUACGCAAUGUGCAGUGGUGGUGAACGACGAGGACAAAGCCAUCGUAUGGAAUGGAGCCCCCUGCCCAGCUCUCAAACCAGAGGAGUUUUACAUCCGUACAGAAGCAGUAGGUGUAAAUCCCAGUGACACCAAAAUGCGUGGCAGUUUCGUGACUCCAUUUGGCAUCCUUGGCACCGACUAUUCAGGCACCGUCGUUGCGGUGGGAGACGAUGUCAAAGAUGUUGCAGUCGGAGAUCGGAUAUGUGGCGCACAGCACGCCAUGAACGCUAACACACCCGAGCGUGGUUCUUUCCGCCAGUACAAUGUGUCGGCCGGGAAGAUUUGGUUGAAGCUGCCCCAGUCUAUCAGUACUGAGGCUGGAGCAACGUUCGGCGCAGGCAUCAGCACCGCUGGCCUGGCCCUAAAGCUACUUGGUCUUCCGUUGCCGGAUGCACCGGUGGAGAAGCCGGUUCAGGUCCUUAUUUAUGGUGGAAGUACCGCAACUGGUACCAUUGCAAUCCAGCUCCUGAAACUUGCUAAUCUAAUCCCUAUUGCGACCUGCUCGCCGAGGAAUUUCGAGCUUGUCAGAUCUUAUGGGGCUGCAGAAUGUUUCGACUAUCGUGAGAAGGAUUGCGCCCAGAAGAUUCGGGAAUUUACCAAGUCAAAUCUGCGGUACACGCUUGACUGCAUCACGACCGUUGAAUCAACAGCAUUCUGCUUUGCCGCAAUGGGGCGUGGGGGCGGAAAAUACGUAUCUCUGGAUCCUUUUGCAUCCCAUGCAGCCACAAGAAAGACGGUGAAGACCGACUGGGUGCUUGGGCCCUCUAUCUUUGGUGAUGGAUCCACUUGGCCAGCUCCUUACGGACGGCCACCAAGUGCAGAAGUGCGCGAGUUUGGCCAAAGACUCUGGGCUGUUGCUCAGCAGUUGGUGGAUGAAGGAAAGCUGAAGCAUCAUCCGUUACGUGUGCUGGAAGGCGGCCUGGAAACAGUAUUGGAUGGGAUGGAUUUGGUCAAAAGUGGUACCCUAUCUGGCGAAAAGGUGGUUGUGCGACUUAGAUAUUAG